ACCUUCGCAUGCACUCUGGUGAAAAACCCUUUGUGUGUCCUCUCUGUGGGAAGCGAUUUAAUGACUCUUCAAACCUUAGAACACAUGUUAGAAGACAUAAAGGAGAAAAGGUAGGAAAGACACAGGUCUCUGAGCCAUGCCCUCACUGUGGGAAGAGGCUGGCUUCUAAGGCAGGGUUAGAGACUCACCUGCGGAUCCACACUGGAGAGAAACCUCACCUUUGUGCCAUCUGCGGCAAGCGAUUUACCUUCCUCUCCGCCUUGAGAAGACAUCAGAAAACGCAGCACAGAGAGCAAGUAGCGAAACCGCACGUCUGUUCUGUCUGUGGGAAAGGCUUUGUGGAGUCUGGAGCGCUGAAGAAACAUGUGGUGACCCACGAGGAGAAACAGCACCUUUGCUCCGAUUGCGGGAAGAGUUUUAGGGUGCUUCAGGCCUUGUCGAUUCAUCAGAGAACCAAGCAUCAGAAAACAAAUCAGCAAGUAAGAGAAAACAAUUCAUACCUCUGUCUUACUUGCGGCCAGGAAUUCAAUUCGAAGCAUAGAUUGGUAAUCCACGAGAGAAAGCACACAGGAGAGAAACCUUACCAAUGCUCUCUGUGUGGCAGGUGCUUCGCUGAUAAGACUAACAUGAGACGUCACCAGACAGUGCACACAGGAGAGAAACCAUUCCAAUGCUCGGUCUGUGACAUGAAGUUCUCUCAAGUCGCCUCUUUAAUACGGCACCGGCUAAUACACUCGGGUCACAAACCGCACCACUGCACUUACUGUGACAAGAGUUUCUCUCAGUCGAACACGCUGAAAACGCACAUACUAACCCACACCGGAGAGAAACCGUACCAGUGCCCCGACUGUGGGAAGGGUUUCACUGAAAAGAAAGCCAUUAAGAAACACCAACACGACACACACGGGACAGGAGCACACAUCAACACACUGCUUUCUCAUAGAGAUUGAGUCAAGACCAGAGCCCUCGGGCAAAGCCCUACCGAUGUCCUGACUGAAGAAAAUGUUUCUCGGAGAAAAGAGCUCUUGUGAAAACCCAGAAGGCACACCGGAGCGACAGCGCCCCUUAUUGUUUCAUUUUGAUCUGAAGGUUUGAGAAUGUUUUAAAAUAAACAUGUGCUUUUU